AUGCUGCAAUACGCACUGCAGCAUCAGAAGGCAAUUGACACAAUUACACAGCAUCGCGAGUUGGGUUUGAGGUCAUUCGAGAUGAGCGAUAACAAAUGGUGUAUUGUCGAGCAGUUGCAGGAUGUAUUGAAGAUCCUUAAGGAUGCCAUGCUGUUCUUCUCGCGUGCAACACCAAACCUUGCAACAGUUAUCCCAGUGAUGGACCUUAUUGACCAGACACUUGCUACACACACGCUCAACAACAAACUUCUACCCUCAAUUCAUGCUGCUGCAGGACUGGCCAAAAAAACACUCAACCGCUACUACCAGUUUACAGACAGUUCAGAUGUUUACCGUAUCACAAUGAUUCUCCAUCCACGACACAAGCUGUCUUACUUCGAACGUGCAAAUUGGGGGGAGGAUUGGAUUGAAACUGCGCUGUCACUUGUACGCGACAAGUAUAGUCACUCAUACUCGACGAGCAAUAACACCGAGGGGGAGACUGAUGAGAUGGUAAACCUUUUUGAGAACAAGUCAUCCUCAAUGGUAAGUCAUUUGUUUUAUUCCAGUACUCUAACCGACCCUCUCUUGUAG